AUGCAGGGCGUGGGACGGUGCGUUGAGGCGUUGGUGGCGUUGGUGGGGGUGAGCUGUGGUCUCGAUAUGUGGCUCAAAACGCUGGCCAUGUGGUCCUGGUUCAGUGGCACGGUGCCCAAGGUGCCACAGGCACCGCAGGCGCCCAAACCAGAGCGCUGCAGUGCAGCGCUCUGGUUUGGGCGCCUGCAGUGGCAACAGUACCAGUUGCCUCCAAAGAUGCUUUGCGCUCGCGCGCCAAGGUGGCCUUGCCCUGAAGUGCCUUCCUCAUAUUUUCGCGAGGCGUGCUACAAGCAGUUGCCCUCUCCGGGCCAAUGGAUCUGCAGCUGUUCACUUGCAAACAUGUUGGAGGAAGACUUCUGUCGUGGGUGUGGGGGCAAGUCCCCUGCACGUUGCGAGAAGGACCUGGCAGCUCGGGCGCGCGAAGAAGAGCGCUUGAGGCUGGAAGAAGUGGCACGACAGGAGCGCGCCCAGUGUGGGCAACUGACGGCGGCUGACUUGAAAUUCGCUCACCUUGAAGGUCGAAAGAUGAUGCCUGAACUCAGGGGCUACGAGGCCCGGGUCGGGAUCAACUGGAUCAUCUUUUUUUUUUGGGAGAAUUAUGUAUGGCUCUUUUUGGGUAUAUACUGUAUAUACAGUAUACAUGUAUUACGCAUAUAG